UGAGGAGUGUGUGAAGGCGGCGGAAGGUGAGGAUGAGGGAACGCGGCGGCGGCGGCGACCGGUCGCUGAUGGAGUUCCUCGGGCGGCGGGCGGUGAGCGGCGACCGCUUUCUGAAGGAGCGGUUCCAGCGGAAGCGGCUGUUCGGCUGCAAGAACCUGUUCAAGAAGGACCUGCUCGGCCACUUCGGCUGCGUCAACGCCAUCGAGUUCUCCAACAAUGGCGGAGAGUGGCUGGUGUCCGGUGGGGAUGACCGGCGUGUCUUGUUGUGGCAUGUUGAAAAAUCCAUUCAGGUGAAAGCUAAACCCACCCAACUGAAGGGGGAGCACCAAUCCAACAUCUUCUGUCUGGCUUUUGACAGUACAAAUACCCGUCUCUACUCUGGAGGAAAUGACGAACAAGUCAUUGUGCAUGAUGUUGAAACCACUGAAAUAUUGAAUGUUUUCCCACAUGAUGAUGCCGUCUAUGGCCUAUCAGUGAGUCCUGUAAAUGACAACGUGUUUGCCAGCUCCUCAGAUGAUGGCAAGGUUCUCAUUUGGGACAUAAGGGAUUCCCAUGGAGAGCCUUUUUGUUUGGCAAAUUACCCCUCGGCGUUUCACAGUGUAAUGUUUAAUCCUGUGGAACCCAGACUACUAGCCACCGCGAAUUCCAAAGAGGGAGUGGGACUCUGGGACAUUCGAAAACCCCGAACUUCACUUCUACGUUACGGAGGAAAGCUUCCCAUGCAGAGUGCCAUGAGUGUCCGCUUCAACAGCAGUGGAACCCAGCUAUUGGCACUGAGACGUCGUCUGCCUCCAGUAUUAUAUGACAUUCACUCACCGCAAUCUGUGUUUGAGUUCGAUAACCAAGGCUAUUUCAAUUCCUGCACUAUGAAGAGCUGCUGUUUUGCAGGAGACAGUGAUCAAUUCGUCCUGUCUGGCUCAGAUGACUUUAACCUGUACAUGUGGCGCAUUCCUUCUGAUUUAGAAACUGGAGGUCCGGCCAGAAUUGUGAAUGGAGCAUUCAUGGUUUUGAAGGGUCACCGGUCCAUUGUAAAUCAAGUGCGCUUCAAUCCUCAUUCGUAUAUGAUCUGUUCCUCGGGAGUGGAAAAGAUUAUUAAGGUGUGGAGUCCCUAUCUUCAACCAGGUUGUGGAGGAGACUUGGAAGGGGAGGUGGAAGAUGAUACCCGAAAUCUUUAUACCCAUGAAGAGUACAUCAGCCUGGUCUUAAACAGUGGGAGCGGUCUGUCUCAUGAUUAUGCUAACCAGUCAGUCCAAGAAGACUCAAGAAUGAUGGCUUUUUUUGAUUCUCUUGUACGUCGUGAGAUUGAGGGUUGGAGUUCUGACUCGGACAGUGACUUGAGUGAGAGCACAAUUCUUCAGCUGCACGCAGGGGCCAGCGAACGUUCAGGAUACAGUGACUCUGAAUCUUCUGCCUCCUUGCCACAGUCACCCCAACAUGCUGACGAUUCGGAUGAAGCAACGUACAGUCUGGAUCGACAGAAGCUCUCCGCCGCUGUUGUAACUAGGGAGGACUUGAGCUCUCGUCAGCAGAGAUUGUCUGCUCUCAGACGAUACCAAGAUGAACGACUGCUGACUCUUUCUAAUGACUCUGAUUCCUCUGAAAACAACUAUCAACAACUGAAUACAGAUUCCGAUCCAGAUCCAGUGACGAGGCCUCGCUCUCCAAGCCCUGAGGAGAAUGAUUCAAGCAGUUCUAGCAAUGAAGGACGACGAGCAUCCACACGCCAAAGGAAUGCUUCCAGAUCCAAGCAAAGGUUUUGUAGGGAAAAAAGGAAUAUAAUGUUUCUCAAAACAGCAAAAGAGUGUACAAGUAAGGAUUUCUGUCACUAUGCUCAACGUAAGAGUGGUGACCAUUCUUCGUCGGCUUCUACUUCAUCUGAAAUAAGUAGCAAUGAUAUUGAUAAUGGUAGAGGAAGAGUGUCUCCUCUCUCAGACAGUGAAUCGGAAGUCAGAAAGGUUUAUAAAGCCUAUAGCAAGAUCCAAAGCACCUUUAAAUCACAGUUGAAAACAAAGGGAAGCUCCAUAACUGUUUUGGCACACGAGGAUAUGCCAGAAUCGAGCGAUAAAGGCACUUUAAGUACUUCCCAAGAAAGUGAGUCGACAGGAACACGUACAGCUGCAACUUUCACUAAGCUUGCAGAGGAAAAGCAUUCAGAUGAACUCAAUAGUGAAAGCUCAAGCAAUGUUGGCUGUCAACAGGUACACGCAAUGGAGAGGCAUUCGGUUUUGCACAGUCAUGACUACAGUACUGUACUGCCUGUGAGGGAAAUGGCAUCUGGAGAGCAGGAACACUCUGUCCAAAAUGUACCCAAUAUCGGUGCUGAGUGUUUUGAGGCCAGAAAGGUUAAUGGUAAAUCUGUCUGUGUAGGAAACAACAGUAACCUAAUCGACCAGUGUCAAGGACUUGGCAGCCAGACACAUGAACUGUGCAGUUGCACAGAGGUCUUGGAAUGUGUGAAUGCCCCCAAAAAUGUACAGCAGACAGUCAGAGAAGAAUCUCAUCAGGAAUUUAACAAAUCCUCACCUUCUCAAACUGAUAUGAUUGCAACAAGCAGUAAUUCUGAUGGUUAUUCCAGAAACCGUGUUGAUAAAUUCAAAACCAGGACUUGUGAUGUUGAGGAAAGGUGUUCUGGAGCGUCGUGUAAUAAUCACAACAAUGGAUUUAUUGAUAAGCAACUCGCAGGCAACUGUGAGCAGACUGGCCGAGAUCAGGGGGCUUCAGCAAUAGCUUGCAAGUCUGAAGCUGGUAACUAUGUACAAAUAGCCUCAUUGCAUCACAAGGAAGAUUGCUGCCAGUCUGGGAUAAAUGAACGUUCAGAACAUACGAAGAAUGGUAUAACGGCUAAACAAAACCUGUUAGACUGUUCUCAAGGAACUGUGCCAUCGACUGAGAGCAUCCAGCCUUCUGGAUCAACAAAGAGAUUCAGAAAAGAGCGGGAUUCAGACAACUCGCCGGUUGAAAAAAAACACAAGACAUGAUAUAGUUUGCUUUCGCCUAAGACCUGUGUGUUAUAAUGUCACUGAUUUAAAUCAUUUAGCUUGAACUCUACAGUCACUGGUCUAUAAAACAGUGUGACUUUUGUUAACAAUUAUGUAAAUAAGCGAAUUCCUUGAAGAAAUGUUAACAAAAAUUUGUAGAAUGUAUAUGAUAAUGAUAUAUAAAAUGCAAAUUAUUUGAUGUGAUUCUAACAUUGGAUUCAAAUAUAAUCUGAAGGAUGGUAAUACUUCUGUUUAAGUAUUGAUUAUGCUGGGCAACAAUUUAUGGUUUAUUGAGUGGAGAUAGAAAUUGUGGACCAUAUUGUUGCAAAGCUUCCAGUAAUAUAAAUUUAAAAGAUGAAACCAUUUGUAUGUGCGCAAAAGACAUUGGAGUUAAAGUAUUAAAACUUAUUGAAUGAGACCAGUUUGGAACAAAUGAAGACUUUUUGAGAUCUAACACUUUAUAGUUACUUUUUUUUGUCUUAUUUUGCAUUGUCACCUUUGUAUGACGACCCUUUUACUGUUCUUGCAAAGGAUAUACAGUUUGAUCCUCCACGAAAAUUGUUGAGGAUGUUGGUCGUUUAUGUAAAACACACCAUUGUCUUAUUCAUGAAUACAAGGAGUAGACAUUGACAAAGUGGUCAGGAAUAAAGAUUUUUUUGUGGUUUACGAUUAA